UUCAAAUCGUUUGUCAGCGGAUUCUGAACAAAAUGUGAAAGUUCCUCGGGAAAGUACAUAUGAUGCUGAGAUGUGCAGGAUCUUAGUGAAUUGUCUUGCAAAGGUACUGGCAUCAUCUUUUUUGCGACCUGACGAUAAAGAAACUGGAUAA